GAACGGUUCGGAACGCGCGCGCGAAGAGAUCGGACGGCCAACUCCCCGGAAAGAAAGAAAAAUAGUGGAAGGAGGCGCCCCCACAAGGCGAACGAGUGUAGUGUAGUAGUGAAAUAGUCCUCGAUUUAGUUUACCCCUUUUCCGCAAUUUUCACCAAGCCCGAAACAUUGGCUUUCCUGUGCUUUUCCCACUUUUCCUGCGACCAGACUCCCCAAAAUCCCCAGUAUCGGAACUAUGUUUAUGGGCAGAGCGCAACGAGGCCGCAGGAUGAGAGAAUAGCGGCAUGUUGUCCAACUCAGCCCCAACAUAUGGUGGUCCGAGGUCCUGAGGCCUGAUCCCCAUUGGGUGCCGAAGAGUGGAUCGAAGUGGUGCCUUGAAGGAGUGGUACGCAUAACUGCAUAAAUCGUGGGCAAGGACAACGAAAAGCAUUCAGGUUGGCUAGCGAAACCGCAGAACAAUAAAGUUCCAAAAACAAUAGAAAACAUAAGCCCACACAAAACACACUCACCAAAGAAACAUUAAGCCAAAACCACAAACAGAAGUUUUACUUUACCUAUUACCUUAUUUGUUUAAUCUUAAUUUAAUUAACAAAUUAUACAAAAAGAAACCGUUCAGCCUCACACCGAUUGGUUGGCUUUUGAGCUCCUCUUGAUCCUGACAAUGACUUAUAUACCUAAAAAAAUGCAACACUAUGCGCAUGCAGCCAUGAAUCUGAUCAACAUGGACUCGGAGAACCGGGUGGUGCUCAAUGUGGGUGGCAUUAGGCACGAAACCUACAAGGCCACGCUGAAGAAGAUUCCGGCUACGCGAUUAUCGCGAUUGACAGAGGCGCUGGCCAACUAUGAUCCGAUACUGAAUGAGUACUUCUUUGAUCGGCAUCCGGGCGUCUUCGCGCAAGUGCUCAACUAUUACAGAACUGGAAAGCUGCAUUAUCCCACGGAUGUGUGUGGUCCGCUGUUUGAGGAGGAAUUGGAGUUCUGGGGCCUAGACUCGAACCAAGUGGAGCCCUGCUGUUGGAUGACCUACACACAGCAUCGCGACACCCAGGAAACCCUAGCCGUACUCGAUCGUCUCGAUCUGGAUACGGAAAAACCGUCCGAGGAGGAAUUGGCACGCAAAUUCGGCUUCGAGGAGGACUACUACAAAGGCACCAUAUCCUGGUGGCAGGAAAUGAAGCCGCGCAUUUGGUCCUUGUUCGAUGAGCCCUACAGUUCCAAUGCAGCCAAGACUAUUGGCGUGGUUUCGGUGUUCUUCAUCUGCAUUUCGAUCCUGUCGUUCUGCCUGAAGACCCAUCCCGAUAUGCGGGUACCCAUCGUCCGGAACAUUACAGUGAAAACUGCGAAUGGAAGUAAUGGCUGGUUCUUGGACAAAACGCAGACCAAUGCGCACAUAGCCUUCUUCUAUAUCGAAUGCGUGUGCAAUGCCUGGUUUACCUUUGAAAUAUUGGUGCGCUUUAUCUCAUCGCCGAACAAGUGGGAGUUCAUCAAGUCAUCUGUUAACAUCAUAGACUACAUAGCGACGCUUAGUUUUUAUAUCGAUCUAGUGCUUCAGCGGUUCGCAUCGCACCUGGAGAACGCUGACAUCCUCGAGUUCUUCUCGAUCAUCCGCAUCAUGCGUCUGUUCAAGCUGACGCGCCACUCGUCCGGACUGAAGAUCCUGAUCCAGACGUUCCGGGCCUCGGCCAAGGAGCUGACCCUGCUGGUGUUCUUCCUCGUCCUGGGCAUCGUGAUCUUCGCCAGCCUCGUCUACUACGCGGAGCGCAUCCAGCCCAAUCCGCACAACGACUUCAACAGCAUACCGCUGGGCCUGUGGUGGGCCCUGGUCACCAUGACUACCGUCGGCUACGGCGACAUGGCCCCCAAAACCUACAUCGGCAUGUUCGUGGGCGCCCUCUGCGCCCUGGCCGGCGUACUAACCAUCGCACUGCCAGUGCCCGUCAUCGUCAGCAACUUCGCCAUGUACUACUCGCACACGCAGGCCAGGGCCAAACUGCCAAAGAAGCGGAGACGAGUGCUUCCCGUCGAGCAGCCGCGCCAGCCCAGACUGCCAGGUGCCCCUGGUGGUGUCAGUGGCUGCGGCACCCCGGGCUCGGGUCCCCACUCCGGUCCCAUGGGAUCCGGCGGAACUGGACCACGUCGCAUGAACAAUAAAACAAAGGACCUGGUCAGCCCCAAGUCAGAUAUGGCCUUCAGUUUCGACUAAAACAGAAAACAGAACAGAACCAGAAAGAUAUUUUGUAAUUUGAUAAGCCAGCUCAAGACACAGUAUAAAAAAAACCAGAAAAACUCGGCAACAAAAUCGAAAAAAAAUCGAAACAAAAUCAAAACGAAACCUCAGUUAUAUACGAAAUGUAAAGAAAUAAGAAAUCCCCGGUUCGUUCAUCUAUCAUCUAACUAUCAGCUAACCAAAACUCGGACUCUGCUGGGCGGGUGUGUGUUGGUUAAGAAACCUUUAUUAACUACCCCUAACAACCUCCAACUUUCUUGCUCUCUUCCAACCCGAAAAAUCCCCAACUAAAAGUGUCAAAUAGUUGAAAAACUUGGAAACUAGUUCGUAGCAAGCAGAAACUCUAGAGUUUAGAGCCACCUUCACAAAUCCGAUUUCCCAGCAUUUGAUUCUACAAAGUUUUACCCCCCCACUCUCUGCCUGAGUCCAACUUAUCCAACCGAGCGGAAAUCUUUGCCGAACGUAGUUUGCAGAUAUUGUAUCUAGCCUUAUGUGUGUGUUUAUUUGCCGAGCAUGCUGCAUGUGACCCGAUUUUGACCUGAGUCUUGGAGUGUGAUUAGUGUUUCCAUAGUUGUGUGUGAUGUUUGUAAUCAUGUUCGUGUUACACCCCUCCCAACAAAACCACCCCCCACCAACCCUCGUAUAUCGUAGUAACCAAGUGCACCCAGUAAUAUACCAUCAGCAAUUUUGAAAAAAAUAUAAAAAAAAUAAGAAACAAAGUUGCCUCCCACCUGCCAUAUGAAAAUCAAAGUUUACCAGAUUUGGAAACUCCAGCUUGACUAACCGACUUAAUGAAAAUAAUAUUUAUUUCUCUCUCUCUUUUUCUUUCUCUGUUUUUCUCUUACUCUUCCCGGACUUCCCACUGCUAUAUCUAUCUAUUGUUUCCGGCUAUAUAACUCCACCUACUCCACCUACUUCCUAUCCACCCGAAACCGAAACUGAUAAUCCUUUCUGUGGCGGGGUUAAAACAAAAAGUUGCUCAACUUUUCGCAGGUCCGCUGGGCGCAAGCAUUGUGGCCAUGAGUCCCCGGACAAUGCUGGAUCUCAAUCCUGCCCUGGCGAUGGGCAA